CUCUCUGUCAGAUCACAGCUUCUUCACUUGCAGAACAGACCGGUCUCACCUGUAGGAUUGAUCCCAGAUAUGAGGCUCUGUGCCCGGGCUGGAGCCUGGUGUCUCCUGCCCAUCCUGGUUCUUCUGACUGUCCUCCAUGUCAAAGCAAACCAGCAUCAACCCAGGGAGAGACACUAUUACAUUGCUGCUGUUGAGAUAGACUGGAACUACUCUGGGAAUGACGCAAACAGGUUUGGUCCCACCUAUAAGAAAGUGGUCUUCCGGGAGUAUGAGAAAGACUUCAGACAGGCUAAGACCCAUCCCUCCUGGUUAGGGCUGCUCGGACCCACACUGAGGGCAGAGGAGGGGGAAACGAUUGUCGUCACUUUCAGAAACAUGGCGACUGGAGCACACAGCAUCCACCCACACGGGGUUGCUUAUGGGAAACAGUCAGAGGGAGCCAACUACUUUGACAACACGUCACAGAAAGAGAAAGAGGAUGACAUAGUGCAGCCUAACAGAGAACACGUUUACUACUGGGAGGUGACAUCAGAUGUUUCUCCACAGCCAAAUGACCCUACCUGUCUCACCUACAACUACAUCUCCCACCAAAAUGUUGUGGAGGACUACAACUCAGGCCUCAUUGGUCCUUUACUCGUCUGCAAGCCUGCUGAAAGCAGACAAGGAGCAGCAUGCCAUGUUUGCUGUGUUCGAUGAGAAUAAGAGCUGGUACCUGGAUGAAAACAUUCGCCAAUACUGUGAUCGAUCCAAAGUCAACAAGGCAGACCCAGACUUUUAUAAGUCCAAUGUUAUGCAUACAAUUAAUGGUUAUGUGUUUGAGAGCGGCCCACUCUUGGGCUUCUGCAAUGGUGAGGUUGCAACAUGGCACAUGUCCAGCAUUGGAGCACAGGACUACAUCCAGACAGCUACUUUCUACGGCCAUACAUUUGAGCUGAAUGAACGCACCGAGGACAUGCUCAGCCUCUACCCCAUGACUGGAGAGACCAUCAAUAUGAACAUGGACAACAUUGGUGUCUGGCUCCUGGCCUCCCUGAAUUCCCACGAGACAACCAAAGGAAUGCGUGUGAAGUUUCAGGAUGUUGAGUGCUUUCGUGACUACCAGUAUGAGUAUAAUGACUAUAAAGAACAAGAUUUUGAUUUGUGGAAGCCUCCAACCUGGGAAGACAUUGACAAGAAGGAAGAGAAGCCAGAAACUGCAAAAGAAACGCCAGUGGAGAUAGAUAGUUACACAGAAAUGUUUGCAGAUGAACUGGGUCUCAGGUCCCUAAAGAACCAAUCUGGUAGUUCAGAUGUGGAGUUGCUGGACCUCUCUUUCCUUGACUAUGAUGCUAUUGAUGUGCCUGAUGGAGAUUCAAAUACCACCCUUAAUUUCACAGAGUCAAAGAAUAAAAAUGAGACAUCUAUUCAAAAGCCAAAUGCAAAAAAUGAGACAUUAUUCCCAAACUGGAAAGAGGUGGAUGGACUAAACCUUAAGCCCCAAAAUAUCAGUGAGAAUACAACACAUAUGCUGAACAGUAGUACGACAUCAACUUUUGACAGUUCUUCUCUGAAUAAAACAAAGAACACAACUGCUUUAUAUAGCCCAAAUAUACUGCCAAAGAACAACAGUAUAACUAUAAAUAGCAGUGUUUCCGUAGUUGUCUCAAAUGUUGAUAAUAUUACUGUGUCUGACCAAAAGAACACAACAAUUCCCAAUGCUACAGGUUCAUCAACGGUUGGAAAUGUGUCUACAGAGAUUACCAAUCAUACGGUAGCAUUACAAGGAAAUUCCAGUUCCAUCUUGGAGAAUGAACAAAUGAAUGCAAUGGUGACUGGCGAUAAUCAGACUUCUGUGGGCACGAUCUUGGUGGACGACCCCGAGGAGAGACUCACCAGAGGGGAUGUGUUCUCUUACUCUGCUGUACUGUGGAGACUGCUGAUGCUGGAAUUGGAUAGAGCUACAGAGGGCAAUGUUGCCUCUCUGUCAAAAAAAAAAGAUGACACAGCAAAUAACCAUGUUAACGUGUCAGCAGAUGGAACAAACCAUUCGUUGUCUAUUCCGACGGCUGAUGUUGGAGAGGUUGACAUCAACAGCAGGAGCAACUCAACCAUCUUUGGGUUAGAGAUGGAGGGCACAGACAACAAAACCAGUGACAAUGACUCUCUAAUUGCCACAGCAGAGCCAGAUAAUGGACUUCAAAUGAAUUCCUCUGAAAUUAGAACUAUUACAGCCAAUUCCAGCCUUGAAAAUGUGACACAUAUGUUGCUCGAAACUGGGCCCUUUCCGAAUUUCACAGUGAAUGUAUCCAGAUUAGAUUCAUCAGAGGGGAUUAGUUUGGAGGGUAGGGACAAGUUGAACCACACAUCCUCUUUAGAGAGUUUCUCCAAUGAGACUAUGACUUUAGGUAACCUGUACCAUUCCAACGAUGAUGUAAGAAAGAGCAACUCUGACGAGCUAAGUGCCUCAGACAGCAUUGAAGAAGUGUUUAUCUACCUUAAAGAAAACAAUACAGACUUGAUUAAAACCACCUCUGUCAAAACACAGGGGCACAACUGGACUUAUGAGGGAACUCACCAUAUUGUACCCAUGGAGAUUCCUGAUUACAUGAUGAAAUAUUUUGGGAAAGAGACCCCUCAAACAACGCCAACCCCAAAAAAGACAAAGAAGGUGAACCUUCGACAGAGGCCACAGAAGGGCCAAGGCAUGAAAACAAAGAAGAGGAAGGAAUACAAGCCUCAGGCCAGGAGUGGCUUACCGUUUUCCCCUCGAGGAUUCAAUCCAGUCAUGACCCCACGUGGGUCACGACCCAAUGUUCCACAGCCUGUCUCUGAUGAAGAGGAGCUCAAUAACGUGCCUGUGGUCAUCGGCGUGCCCCGGACGGGUUUCAGUGACUACGAGCUGUAUGUUCCUGGGGAUGAACCAAAUCAUCUAGCGUUGGAUGAGCAAGAUGUGAAUGCAGAUGAAUAUGAGUAUGUGGUCUACAAAGACCCCUACAGCAGUCAUGAAGACAUCAAGAAUCUCAACCUGGACGAGACCACUAAAUACUACUUAAAACUCUCAGGCACAAAUGUCAAGACUUAUUUCAUUUCUGCAGAGGAGGUUGAGUGGGACUAUGCUGGCUACGGACAGAGCAGGCUAGACAAGUCGCAACAAAACAUGAGGCAGACCAAGUUUACCAAGGUGGUAUUCCGAAGUUACAUGGACAGUAGCUUUAUCACACCUGACAUCCGUGGCGAGAUAGAGGAGCAUCUAGGUAUCCUGGGACCUGUCAUCAAGGCGGAGGUUGGACAAAGCAUCAUGGUGGUGUUCAGGAACAAUGCCAGCCGUCCAUACUCCUUACACCCAAAUGGUGUUUCCUAUACCAAGCAGACUGAGGGUCUGUCCUACGAGGAUGACUCUAAGUACUGGUAUAAAUAUGACAAUGAGGUGCAACCUGGGACCACUUUCACAUAUAUAUGGAAGGUCAAUUCUAUGGUUGGGCCAAUGCCAGAUGAGUCUAACUGUCGAACCUGGGUCUACUAUUCAGGUGUUAAUCCUGAAAGGGAUAUCCACUCUGGCUUGAUUGGGCCUCUGCUGGUGUGCCGAGAGGGCACCCUGGACAAAGGGCUAGCAGACAUGAGGGAGUUCACACUGCUUUUCAUGACCUUUGAUGAGUCGCAGAGCUGGUACUUCGAGAAGAACCAUGAGCUCAUGCAGAGAAAAAGCAGAAGGAAAGUCAUGGACCCCAACUUCAAGGAGAACCUCAAGUUUCAUUCCAUUAAUGGCAUUAUAUACAACCUGAAGGGCCUGAGAAUGUACACCAACCAGCUCGUAGGCUGGCACCUGAUCAACAUGGGGUCCCCCAAAGACUUUCAGAGUGUCCACUUCCACGGACAGACGUUCCUCUACAAGAAGACCACCAGCUACAGACAGGCCGUUUACCCACUGCUGCCUGGAAGCUUUGCCACUCUGGAGAUGUAUCCAUCCAAACCUGGCUUGUGGCAGCUGGAGACCGAAGUUGGUUUCAACCAACAGAAGGGCAUGCAGACUCUCUUCCUAGUUCUAGAUAAUGACUGCUACCGUCCGCUGGGUCUGGAAUCAGGCAGUGUGAAAGAUGACCAGAUUACAGCAAUCAACACUAGAGGAAACUGGGAUCCCCAUCUUGCCAGAUUGAACAAUCAGGGUAAAUACAAUGCAUGGAGCACAGAGGAGACCUCCAGCUGGAUUCAGGUGGACUUCCAGAGGCCAGUUGUGAUCAGCCAGGUGGCCACCCAGGGAGCCAAGCAGCUGUUCCAAUCCCAGUAUGUGGUCAAUUACUCUAUCUCCUACAGCACCGAUCGCCGGAAAUGGGUCUUUUAUAAAGGCGAGAGCAGGGACCUCAGGAAGAUGUUCACUGGGAACCAGGAACCCUAUGAGACAAAGAAAAACACCUUCUUUCCUCCCAUGGUUGGACGGUUCAUUAGGCUCCAUCCUAUCAACUGGUACAACAAGGCCACAGUCCGCAUGGAGUUCUAUGGCUGUGAGCUUGAUGGCUGCUCAGUUCCUCUUGGGAUGGAGAGUGGACAGAUAGAAGACCAUCGCAUCACAGCCAGCUCCGUAGCUUCCAGCUGGUAUUCGGGACCGUGGAGACCCUCCCUUGCGCGCCUCAACAGACAAGGUGCUGUGAAUGCAUGGCAGGCAAAGCAUAAUGACAUGAACCAGUGGCUUCAGGUGGAGCUGCCCCAAAUUAGGAAGAUCACAGGUAUCAUAACGCAAGGAGCCAAGUCUCUGGGGAAAGAGAUGUAUGUUAUCUCCUACAUUCUGCAGUACAGCAACAAUGGGAUACACUGGAAAGAGUACACAGAUGAUGAGGGCGUCCCGUUCAAGACUUUUUUUGGAAACGCUGAUAACAACGACCAUGUGAAGAACUACAUCUACCCUCCUAUCUUCUCCCGCUUCAUCCGAAUCAUCCCCAAAAGCUGGAUGGGCGCCAUCACCAUGAGAAUAGAACUGCUGGGCUGUGACUUUGAGUGAUAAACAUGUCAGGUCAACUAGGGUGGUGGUUCUCAUCCUAGGGUCAGAGACCACCUGCGGUCCUUGAAGGGCUUCCCCAGACAAAUAGGAAAUAUUUUAAUUUCACUAUUUCAGAAUUUAUUCAAAUGACAGAAUGUAUAAGAAUGACUAUCUGUUCAUAGGUUUCACACUUUUCACUGUUAAUCUGCCAAGCUAAAAUACUGGCAAUCAUGGAAUAACUAAAUCUGAUCACACAGGGAUCCCUGAGACUACAUCCCAUUAAAUAUGGCUCUCCGGCCUUAGGAUUCCUUGAUACCAAAAACCAAACAACCUUGCAUCUUGCAUCUCAAUGCAUUGCCAACGGUCAGAUACAUAUGAAGCAACUAUCAAUGUGAUGCAAUACAAUUCACCCCUAUUGCAAUGUAGUGCAAUUGGAGAUGAUUGGAAUUAACACAAUGCAAUUCAACACGAUACGAUGUUGUGCAAAUAGUUUGAUUUUAUUUCUUUGGUUCUUCUUGCUUUGGAAACUUUAUAGAGAAGGGAUCACCCUAAAUAUUAAAUCACUGGUUGCAUUUCUAAAUAUAAAGGUAUAGGGCUUCUACUAACAAAUUGGAUUUCACCAAUGAAAAGAUGUUAGAAAGAAUUGAUCCCAAUUUCAUCCCCAGUUGUAUCCGAUGCACACUUUUUUCAGUGCAAUUGUAUCUUGAACUUUUAUGCUGGUGGACCAAUGCCAAAUAAAAACAAUGAAACACACAUGUAGUGUAUGCUCAGACAUAUGCACUUCUACUUCUGUCAGUCAUGUAUGGAGAAUGCUGCAUACAUAAAUACUCAGCAUUACUUCCUUCUGAGUGCAGGCACAAGCAAACACAUACAUAUAUUUAUUACUGAAGCCAUUUAUUAUGUAAUGUUAUGUAAUACAGCUUGUGAAACUCAAAUGCUACAUAAAUCAGGACUGCUGUCACUGGGAAAUUUCAGCCUGUUACAAACGAAUACAGUGUAAUGUGGUCUAUUAUACAGAUAUAUGUCCAGUUAGAAGGAACUAUAAAACUGUAAUCCUGACACUUUUGUCAAUAGUUUUAUGUGUUUUUGAAAUACUAGUUGCAUUUUUAGGCUGAUAUAGUGCAUUUUGUUUAUCAGAAAUGAAUGAAAAUGAAUGUAAAUAUGUAAGUACUGAUCAUGUAAUUUAUUUUUCA